UGAGGGGACCGGAGAGAGAAGAGAGCACUAAAGCGCAUCCCUCCACCCCAUUCUACCCCGAGAUACGUUGCCUAGGUUACACCUCCAGCUGCCACCUGAAGCGAAGCAUCGCACCAUCCGCCUCGCGAAAGACAAUACCUCACACGUCAACACCUAUUGAAAACCACACAAAAGGGAUCUCACGAAACAAAAAUAUACUCGGAAAAGAGAGACAGAGUAUAUUAAGACAUACGCGCGCUCACGCAAGCACUCAGACCCUCCUCAUUGUGACUGUCAGUCCAGAGAGGCGGGCUCAUAUGGAGGGCCGCCGUUCGGCUCUGCAGCGACUGCAGCGUCUCCCGCUGCCUGCUCUUCCUCCGCGCGCGUCUCCGCGAGCGCUGUGAUGUGAAUAUUAAUGAUGCUGCGCGAAUCUCCGCGCUCAUUUCCACCGCUUUCAGCCAUCUGAGAGACACACAUGGAGGGCUAUUUAUUCGAUACCGCUCAGUGACUCCUGUUGGUUGACUUGGCACGCAGUGUCCUCUGCUUGUAUCGCCAUCUGUAGCGCUCCGUACAGAGCUGCAUGAUUUGUUUUAGGUCCUGAGAGAGGCGUUUGUCACUGUCAUGUGAGCCUAACUUUCUUUUUAAUACACUGUUUAAAGACAGGACGUUUCAAGAGAAGCAUGGCAGAAGCCCCUGUUGGAGAGGAUGCACCCAAAGAGCAGGAGAGUGCCACCCCACUUACUCACGAUCCCCUGCCAGGGGUUGGGCUUGCUCUGUGGGAGAGAGUAUUGAAAGCAAGUGUUACAGCUGGCGCUUUCCUCCUGCUGUACACACUGUCUCAACUCACAGGUUUGUGGGUCCUUUACAUGCUGAAUGGAUACAGGGCUUUUCCAGCAGCACAUAAAGUUUUGGAUCUCCUUCAGUACCUUCUCUCCACCAGUGAUGCCUAUGAUCAACAGAUGGAGAUAUGGAGGGUGGAAAGCUUGUUGCCCCUUAUAGCUACACUCUUCUUAGGUGUAGUCAUCCUUGGUACUGGAACGCUGUUCUGCAUUAAAACCCUGGUGCCUGGCAACCCAUCUUGCUUCCCUGACGACCGUCGUCAGUCCAUGAGCAGGCAGCCCUCCUUUACAUAUUCAGAAUGGACAGAUGCUAAACAAGAGGAUUUCUACGAGCUGGAUGCUGUUCCGGAGACGCCUGUUUUUGACUGCUUUAUGGACAUGAAGACUGAAGCUGACCCUACCACUCUCACUGUCAAACCUGUGGGCUUGCAGGAAAGGAGAGGAUCUAAUGUGUCGCUGACGUUGGACAUGUGCACCCCUGGUACUACAGAGCCCUAUGGAGCGCUGCUGUCCCCUAGAGAGCAGAGCACACAGGAAUACCUGCAGAACGCAUCCAACCUGCUCACCCCCGAGGAGCUGCACAAGCGCGCACUGGACGACGCUGUACUACAAGCUGAGUUUUAUGAAACACCCAUGAACUUCGUGGACCCAAAAGAAUAUAAUUUUCCUGGCGUGGUGAGGAAGAAUCGCUACAAAACCAUACUACCAAACACACAUAGCAGAGUUUGCUUAAAAGCAAAAGAGGAAGGUGAUUUUCUCAGCACCUAUAUCAACGCUAAUUAUUUGAAGGGCUACGGAGGGAAAGAAAAGGCGUACAUCGCUACACAGGGUCCGACUGUAAACACAGUGGGGGAUUUCUGGAGGAUGGUUUGGCAAGAGCGCUGCCCCAUUAUUGUCAUGAUCACCAACAUUGAAGAAAAAAAUGAGAAAUGCACAGAAUACUGGCCAGAGGACAGUGUCAUCUGUGAAGGUAUCGAGAUCACUGUCAAACAGGUCAUCCAGGCAGAUGACUACAGUCUAAGGAUUUUCACUGUGAAGAGUGAGGGUGAGGAGCGCACUCUCAAACAGUACUGGUACACUUCAUGGCCAGAUCAGAAAACUCCAGACAAGGCCCCGCCUCUUUUGGAGUUGGUUAGGGAAGUGGAAGAAGCAAGGAAACAGGCUCCACCCAGCAGUGGCCCUGUCAUUGUCCACUGCAGUGCAGGGAUUGGACGCACUGGCUGUUUCAUUGCUACCUCCAUCUUGUGCCAGCAGCUAAGCAACGAAGGGGUCGUUGACAUCCUGAAGACCACUAGCCAGCUACGCUUGGACAGAGGCGGCAUGAUCCAGACAGCGGAGCAGUAUCAGUUUGUUCAUCAUGUACUCAGCCUGUAUGAAAGACAGCUUCGGAAGACCUCAGAAGAGUAAAGCCUCCAUGAGCGCACAACCUUCAAACCACUCCUCACAGAGCAGUUGACCUUCAUCCGAACACAUGGGGCAGGGACUGACCCUCAGUACCUCAAGUCUCAUGUCUUCAAACAGUUUUAGGUUGAAUGUCGUUUUAGGAGCUGACCCAAUAUUAGAUUUUAGCUAAGUCCAAUCUUCAGUACCUAAAUCCCACACCAAUCAGUUAUUAAAUAUACUUUGUCUUUAUUCUUUACCAUAACAGUAACACAAGCGGUCAGUUAUAUCAUACACAAGUACAGCCCACAUAAUAACACUCACCAGUGCUCAAACAUGACAUUGUUUGUAUGCGUAUGCAGUGGAAUGAACACAAUAACAAGCAGACAUCAAGGCCUCCAUUUAUGAUGUAAAUUCAACAUUAGGUUUAGGGACCUCUUCAAUUUCUGAGCCUACAAAUACAGCAAUUUUCCUUUUACUGCUAAGACAUUUUUACAGGAUUUCUAACUCAGUGUUGAGAUUUGUUGUAAAGUGUGCGUGUACAUUUCUGGGUCUCGCGUGUUGAAAGAUCAACCUCUUGGCAAUCUGAACCGUCAGUACGUGUGUAUGUGUGUUUGUGUGCAUGUGUGUGUCUGUCGCAGAAACAGAAGGAGAGAGAGAAGUAAUGUUUACUACGUGUUCGAUGAUUAUCAGACUUUAACUCCGGAUGUGUGGUCGGUCUCCAGAAGAGGUUAGCCUACCACAUUUAAUACAAAAUGGCCUUAAUAUGUGUCUUUCUGUUCGUACUGGGGUCUGUAUGGUUGUGUGUAAAUGUUGUCGGGCAGAGCGAAAGGCGUUGUGGUGUUACAGCCUGUCGUCGUCUCAUUCGGUAAGACUGAGAGAGGGACAGAGACUGAUCUAAGUACAGAAUGAUGUACAUUUUCCCUCAGCAUACCUUUGCCUUCGGUUUGCGUGUUGUCGGACGCUACGUGGUGUGAAACAGUUUAGUUGGACUCUAAAAAGCAUUGAUGCUGCACCUCAAGGUUUUAUGUAUCAAAAUGCCGAAACACUGUAUCCGACUAAUGUUAAAUUUGUAAAUCACAGCUUGUAUGAAUAGCAGAAAUCAUGACAAUGGGACAUAUAUAGUUGUGAUGUUUUUUGCUCAUUUCUGUUUAUUUGAUGAGCUUGUUUUACUCUGGUUACAUUUAACAUUGUUUAUAUGUGGGUCUGCGUAUCUGAUUAGUUACGACGUAUAAUCAGUAUUUGCCCGAGUUGGCAGCUCGUACAGCUUUGCUGAGACUUGCAGUUUGCAUGAGCAAGUACAUUUUGAACUUCUUUUUAAUUAUGAGCAAGGAAAUGUUUCAAUUACAAGCAGACAUCUGUGUGUGAUUAUGCGCAAACGCUUCUGAUACAGCAGAGUGUCUGCUGUUGGAAUAAGCAUCUUCGGUCGACGGUCUCAUGUGAUCCAGCUGGAAGUACCGAUGCAAGUUCUCCUCUGAUUUUCUUUAGACAGUACUGCUACCACCCUAAUUGUCUCCAGUUGUUCUCGAGCUAGUCAUGUGUCCUCAAAAUGAUGUUUUCCUUCCAGGCAGCUCUGAGCUGAAAUUAGGAAGUUUACAGAAGCUUGAAAACACCUCCUUGUUACACAAGAGAUUGUACUAUUUUUUUUUCUAAGUGUUGUUAGUUCAAGGCCUCAUGAUAGUUUGCCAGAAAUGAGAAUGACUUUCAUUCACAUGCUUUAAUCGCUGCUGUUAUAGUCUUUUUAUUAUUGCAGAACUGCUUUCGUGUUUUAGUUGGUACUAAGUGAAUUUAUUAUUUGUUUUUAAUGAAAUGACAUAUUAGUCCUAUUUAUUGAAAGAGUUUUGUCUGUUUUUGUGCUGUUAUUACACUGCCAAAGACUGUAGUGACUGGUCCAUACCGCAAAACCUGAACAAUCCUAAUUCUAUAUUUACAAACUUUGAAAACUGACUUUUUGACACCAACAUGUGGACUUGUACAUGUAUGAAACCAGCAUUUAUAUAUUUUUAAAGUGAAAAAUCUGAAUUCCCACUGUAAAACCUGUUCUCUCACUUACUCAACCUUUCUUUGAACAGUUUGUUAACUUUUGUUGCGUGUUUUUGUGCCAUUUUUUGCGUCAUUUUCACUGGCAAUGAAUCUUCAUAAUUUGAAAAUAAUUACAGUAAAUUGGAAGUACUUUAUGAUUUGCAACAAGAUCUAGAUUUAGUUUUAUAGUUUUAUUUAUUUAUUUUUAAAUUAUACAGUAUACACACUAACGUUCAUAAGUUUGGGGUUGGUACGAUUUUUUUGUUUUUUAAAGAAGUAAGUCUCUUAUGUUCACUGAGGCUGCAUUUAUAUGAUUAAAAAUACAGUAAAAUGGAAAAUGUAAUUUAUUCCUGUGAUGGAAAAGCUGAAUUUUCAGCAGCCAUUACUCCAGUCUUCAGUGUCACAUGAUCCUUCAGAAAUCACUGAUAUGCUGAUUUGGUGCUAAAGUAACAUUACUUAUUAAAACCAUUGUGCUACUAGAUAUUUUUGUGAGAUAUUUUUCAGGAAUCCUUAAUGAAUAGAAAGAAUAUAACAUUUAUUUGAAACAGAAACCUGUUGUAACACUGUGAAAGUCUUUACUGUCACUUUUGAUCAAUUUAAUGCAUCCUUGCUAAAGAAAAGUGUUUAACAAAUCUUACUAACCCCAAACUUUUAAAUGGUAAUGUAAUUUAUCCAUCUCUAUCAAUUUGUGAAACUAGUUUUUCUGUUUAUCUGCGCUCUUAGCAUACACUCUUAAAAAUAAAGGUUCUUUGUUGGCAUCAAAGGUUGUGUGAAGAGCCUUGAACAUCCAUGGAACCUUUCAAAUGCAUUAAAGGUUCUUUAUAGUCGAAAAAGGUUCUUUAGAUUUUUAAACUGUUCUUUAAAAUGGUUCUUUUAGGAACUGUUCACUGAAAGGUUCUUUGGGGAACCAAAAUGGUUCUUCUAUGGCAUCACUAGAAGAACACCCUUUUGGAACCUGUGUAGAAGAACCAUUUUUGGUUCCACAAAGAACCGUUCAGUCAAAGGUUCUAACCAUCUCUUUCUUACCUUUUUAUAAUCUGAAGAACCUUCUUUCGCCACAAAGAACCUUUUGUGAAACAGGUCUUUCAGAUGUUAAAGGUUCUUUAUGGAACCAUUUAGACAAAAAAGGUUCUUCUAUGGCAUCGCGAAGCACCUUUAUUUUUACAGAGGGCACAUUUCUUGUCCCUUAACAUGAAAUUGAUGCAAAACUGAUCUUGUGAGGUACACGUGAGUGAGAAAACAGGUUUUUAUCCACAAUGAUCAAUUUACUUCUUUAGAGGAAUGUAAAUACAAGCUCUAUUUACAGCAUUUAUGUCAGUUAUCACAGAAAAUAUUUCAGACUUCUCACUGUGUUUUUCUUUUAAAAAACACAAAAGUCAUAGUUUUGACAGAAUCGCUUACUGACAAUCUUUCAGUGACUGGAAUAGCCUGUAAAAGCAUUCACGCAUUACAUGUAAGCAUGGAGCAACUCUCAUCCGUAAUGCAUAACCAGAAGCUCAUCUACCUGGAAAAGUAUUUUCUGAGGUAAUCACUAUAAUGGCACAAAUGCUGUGGACAGCGCCUAAGUGUAUUCAAACCGGAACAUUCCUUGGAGGAAUCAUUUUUGAAAUGUUGAACCAAAUCUCUGUGUGUCUGUUACAUGCUGUUUGCCGCCCUGAUGGUUUUCCAUUUUCAACAAUGUCAUCAAAAUUGUCAUUUUCAGGACUGUAUGUUUUAGGUCACUGAAUUUAUCCACCGUGAGGAAAUAUUAUUCUGAGUAACUGACAGGCUGUUAGUAGCCUUAAUCACAUAAAUGAAUCCUGAUUUCAUUGGGUUGAUUUUGUUUGAUGCACCAAAUGCGAUCAGGGUCAAAUGAAAUGAUUUCAUGUUAGAAUCAAUGUUACAGUUCAUAGACUGAGAGAAGGGCCAAUAUAGCAGUUUAGAGAAGUCAUACCCCUCCCCCAGCUCACUACCCACUCACUCUCAGUCGGACCCCACUUCCUACAGAACACUCCAUCUGUCGGGCCCGUCUGUGUUGCCAGAGAAGAGUAACAGACACACAGGCACCAGCAAACAAGUAUAUCAUUAUAUCAUACACACAAAUUCGAUCCUGGGCCAAACUAGCUUGGAUUACAUCCACGUAACAGUGAUUUUAAUAUAUUUAAAAGAGAGUGUGCUGUUGUAUGUUUAAAUGGAUAUUAAUUUAAUCAUCAUGAACGACUCACUACCAGCAUAGUAUGUCUUUAUGCACUACUGUACAAAGCUAAAACAAGCACAAAGAUGAAAUACUGAUUUUAUGAAUGUGAAUGCAGAGGCUUGUGCCUCGGCUGUCUUAAUUGCUCAUAUAUUUCAAUGCCACCUGAGUAUUUGAGUAUUUUGCUUCUUCAUUUCACUAAAAAAUAUUUUGAAGAUUUUUGUUUUUAAGAAACCAUGUGUUGAUCAGUGUUUUAAUAUUUUCUGCUUAUUUAUUGUCCUGUGGUUUUGGUUGAAAAGUUUGGCACCGGCCCCUCGAUCUCAAAAAAGAAGAAAUGUUUUGGUUUCCUUUUAAUCCUGUUCUAUAGUGAAGUAGAUGUGGUUUGAAAAUUCAAUUUGCCUCAUUGCUUUCGUAUUGUUCCUCUGCUGUUGAAUCCAAAUAGAAUGUAACAUGACUAAGUUUACAAUAUCAUGGCUUGUAUUAUUGGUAUAAGCUUUAAUUUUUAAAUAAAAAUACCUUUCUGUUAA